ACGCUUCUCGUAAAAUGUUUCAUUUUACAAAUUUUGGGAAAAAAUCGGCAGAGUCUCGAGAUGAAUUGGGACUCGAGCCAUUGUUCGAUCUCCUGAACGACAUUGGCCUGCCGAAAAUCCCUUCGUCGCUGACAAAGAACACGACCGAUUUCGUGAAGCAACUCGCAAUGACGAAACGGAUCCUCUGGGCGGACAUAUUCUUCGGCGUGUACGUCGCUGCCGAUCCAAAAAACAGCAGCAGAAACACACUUGUGCUUGACCUUCCAAAUCGACAGAACCCAUUUCCAAGCGAAAAAAUAUUGGAAAAGAGGCUGAAAAAAGUAAGAGAGAGAGCGCGAGACAUGUUUGUCGACGAAGUGGAUGAGGAAUCGGCGAAUUUUUCGUUAGCCGAGAAAAUUUACAUGUCCGAGAUAAUGAAGCAAAUGAUAAGCAACGGUACGACCGACGAGCCGUCGUGCAAGUCGAGAGGACCAUUUAUGUUGGUACCCGAAGAGGAGAUCGACCAAACUGUGGAUAAACUCUUUGAUCUGAGCGGACAAUUUUAUGUGAUAUCGAAGAGCUAUCAGAACAAGACGGAAGACAUGCAGGACAUUGGAGACGACAAUUACAUGCUGCUCGACGAUUUGCAGCUUGAAACCGACUUGUACGUCAAAUCGGUUAACGAAAGUCUCGAGCCGAAAAUUGUUUGGAAACCAUUUUUCGAGGAAUUUUUGAAAAUCAUUGACGAAUUUGAUCUCGAAACUGAAAAGGUUUUGGUGACCAACUUGGAGUACUUCAAACAAAUAUCAGUCAUACUAGCCGAGACCGAGGACAAUCUGUUAGAAACAGCUAUUUGGUGGAUUGUGGUGGAUCAUUGCGUGCCUUACUCCUCGAAGGAGUUGAGAAAAAUCUGGCAUUCGUACGUAAACGAGUUGACCGGUUCGUCGGAGCGCUCGUGGUCGACUUUUUGUGCCGAAAAUGUCAACGAUUUGAUGGGUAUGGCUGUUGCCUGGCUAUACGUGAAUCCGAUGUUUUUGAAGGACGGAUCCAGCAACCAAGUUUACGAAAUGUUGAAAAACAUAAAAACGUCCUUCUCGAAACAUGUCUCGAACGUCGACUGGAUGGACAAGAGGACGAAACAGGCAACUAUGGAAAAAAAUAGAAACAUGAGGUCCCUCAUUGCCUAUCCCGAAUGGCUUUUCGAAGAAAUUUUACUUAACGACUAUUACCGAGGAAUGAACAUGUCAACGACGAGAUACUUUGAGAACAUGGUGCAAAUAAUCCGCAUCGUCAAUUACUACGAGCUGUGCUCCUUGACCAACAAGUCGGAUAGUAACGAGCCCAUAUGGCGCGUCGAGCCCACGGAGGUCAACGCCUUGCAUAACUUUCAGGAAAAUCAAAUAGUGAUACCCUUUGGAAUCCUUCAGUUUCCCUUUUAUGGAUUAGGUCUCGAAGCUUUGAAUUACGGGGCCAUUGGAACGAUUUUGGGACACGAGUUGACCCACGGGUUUGACAACAGCGGCAGGAAGUUCGAUAGCAAAGGAAACAUGAAGCAGUGGUGGAGCAACGAAACUAUCAUGAAUUACGCAGACAAGACUACUUGUUUCAUCGAUAAGUACAGCGCGUACUACGUUCCAGAGAUCGACGAGUACAUUGACGGUGAGUUGACUUUGGGCGAAAACAUAGCCGACAACGGUGGCUUGAGACAAGCAUACGACGCCUACCAAGUCUGGAAGUCCAAGCACAAACCUGAAGCACUCCUUCCAGGGUUCAGCGAUUAUACUCACGAGCAGCUACUUUUUAUGGGCUACGCGCACAUGUGGUGCGAGUCGUUCUCGACGGUCGCUCUGCGCUGGAUGUUGCGAGAUUCUCACUGUCCGGGCCACGUGAGGUUAAAAAUGGUACUGAGAAACUCGGAGCACUUCAGCAAGGCAUGGAAGUGCUCCAAAGGUUCUCCCAUGAAUCCGGUCGACAAAUGUCACCUGUGGUGA